AUGUCAUCUUUUUUGUCUCUUUUUCAACUUUGUGUUAAUUUUGUCACUUACGAUUUUAAUCGUCAAGAUUUUGAUCAAUUAAUUCAAACAUAUUUUGAAGAUGAAACAAUUUGUCCUUUUACACGAUUUUUACGUCUAAAGAAAAAAACUAAAUUUGGUCAUUAUAAACCGUCAACCGAUGAAAAAAAGAAUAAAAUAAAUGAUAUAAAAGGUUUUCUAAAGAUUGACAAAGUACAUUUUGAACCUGUUGAAAUUGAACAUGAUGUAGAACAGUUUUCUGAAUAUGAAUUCAUCAGAAACACAAUCUCAACUUCUAAUAAAAAACGAUUAACAAAUUGUCGAUGCAGCUAUGAAGAUUUAAAUGAUUUUUCAGAAUGUAAAUGGUGUACUUUGGAAUGUUGUUCUCAACGUACAUUAGCAAGAUAUAAUGAAAAUUCAGGGCCAUACGAAUAUUUAAUUCAAGAAAAUAAAAAGGUUCAAACUAAGAAGAAUCAAUCUCAAGAUCAACUAUUGAAAGAUGCACAAGAAUAUAUGGAUAAUAUUCUUGUUAAAAAAAUAUUAAAAGAAGAAGCGAUUGUUAAAUAUGCUGAGAAAAAUCCACAAUGGAUCACUCAGAAUCCAAAUAAUAUU